AUGUCGACAGAACCAGCAGAGAACCCCAUCGUUGUCAACUUGAGUCCUACGUAUGGAGCUCUUCUCAUCGGAACUGCUUUUGCAUGUGCUAUAUGGGGCGUAACAAGCACUCAGGCUAAAAGUGCUCAGAAAGACAGCAGAGUCAUGAGAUAUUUUGUAAGUGUUACGUUCUAUGGCGCCCGAUUUUUCGAUAUUCACGGCAGGUUAUUACGAGACUCUCGCCCAAAGCCUACUAACGUCGGUCGCGAAGGAUUAUGGAUACUGUCAACACGGGGCUUUGUUUUACUGCUGUAUGGAGCUAUCGCUCCGCUAUCCAGAAUAACAGUAGUGCUGCUGCAUCGUAUAUGGAUAACACUGCCGUUAUUAGUUCACGGCUUCGUCGUUGGCUACCCUUUCGCGACCUUUUAUGAUAGACGUCGGGAUCUCUUUGCGCGGAGCAACGACUGUGGUGGACACAUCAAUCAGUUUGUCUAUGUUCUACCUCCUCACACUGGAAACUCAACCAGUAUUUUCGCGCUUAUUUCGAUUGGAAGCACACGUCAGAUGGUUAACAGACUCACUAAGGUUGCAGUGAUGAGUGGUGUCUUCACUACAGUUUUCUCGAUAUUUGUCGUUAGUUUUAUGGCUGCAAGACCUUCAGACCUUUUCUACACCAUAUUUGAGACGCCGCUGACAUCCCUUUACGUCUCGGUACUACUCUCGAACUUGAAUGCAAGACACUAUGUCCGAGGAACUAGCGACAUCAACUGGACUUCCCAAGUCGAGUUCUCUUCUUCCGGUGGUCAAACCGUCCGUUUGAAUACUCUUAAUCCACCUACGAGUCGCGCUCUUACCUGGGGGAAUCGGAAUCUGAAGGCUACAAAGGAGCACGCCAUUCAAAUUCAUACCAAGUCCGAAACUCAAACGGAUGGUCCGAGUGGAAGCUCCGUCGAUGUGGACGCAGGGUCUUGUUCUGUGAAGAAUAUGCCCGAGUCUGUUUGA